GCUAUCUUCUCAUUCUAUAUUAAAUGACAUUUAGUCAGGUUCUUAAAAUAACACUAGGGAUACUGAUUUGGAUAACUGACUACUGCAUUUUUCUGACAGUGAGAGGAUCAAAGCCAGGUAAAAAUGUCCAACUUCAAGAGAAUGAAAUUAGAGGACUGUGCUUGAAAUCCAGAGAAAUCUUUCUCAGUCAGCCUAUUCUACUAGAACUUGAAGCUCCACUUAAAAUAUGUGGUGAUAUCCAUGGACAAUACUAUGACUUGCUUCGACUCUUUGAGUAUGGAGGUUUUCCACCAGAAAGCAACUACCUAUUUCUUGGUGAUUAUGUUGACAGAGGAAAACAGUCUUUAGAAACAAUUUGUCUCUUAUUGGCCUACAAAAUCAAAUAUCCAGAGAAUUUUUUCCUCCUUAGAGGGAACCAUGAAUGUGCCAGCAUCAAUAGAAUUUAUGGAUUUUAUGAUGAAUGUAAGAGAAGAUACAAUAUUAAGCUAUGGAAGACCUUCACAGACUGUUUUAAUUGUUUACCAAUUGCAGCUAUUGUGGAUGAGAAAAUAUUUUGCUGUCAUGGAGGCUUGUCACCAGACCUUCAGUCAAUGGAACAGAUCAGACGAAUUAUGCGGCCUACAGAUGUACCAGACCAAGGUCUUCUCUGUGAUCUCUUAUGGUCUGAUCCUGACAAAGAUGUCUUGGGAUGGGGUGAAAAUGACAGAGGAGUGUCCUUCACGUUUGGUGCAGAAGUGGUUGCAAAAUUUCUCCAUAAACAUGAUUUGGAUCUCAUAUGUAGAGCUCAUCAGGUUGUUGAAGAUGGAUAUGAGUUUUUUGCAAAAAGGCAAUUGGUAACUCUAUUUUCUGCCCCAAAUUACUGCGGAGAAUUUGAUAAUGCAGGUGCUAUGAUGAGUGUGGAUGAAACUCUAAUGUGCUCCUUUCAGAUUUUGAAACCUGCAGAGAAAAAGAAGCCCAACGCUAGCAGACCGGUAACGCCUCCCAGGGGUAUGAUCACAAAACAAGCAAAGAAAUAGUGAAUUUGGCACUGCCUUGUUGGGACUUGUAAUAUAGUAUAUAACCUCCAUUUUUAAAACUGUAAUGUGUACUGUUCGGCUUGCUCAAACUAGAUAACGUGUUUGUGGUUUUCCUUUCGAUUUGGUGAAUGGCAUUUGCUGGUUGUAGCAGCAAAUGAAAGACUUCUCCCUCCCAGGAAAAGAAUUUUAAAAGCUUUCCUUUCGUUGGUGUUACAGCUGUACACUCCACAGCAUCUUAUUCUGCCAUUGUGGGUAAUUGUACAACUGACUUUUUGAAUCUGUACAAUGAGUAGUGUAAAUGCUUGUUUUCUUCUUUAGGAUCUAAAGAGGGCACUAGUGUGCUGUGAGAGUAGAAAUUUGUUACUGUCAGAAAUUGCAUACUGUUUAUACAAACCACUGUGAACUUUUUUUACGUUAAAACUUGUUUUAAAGGGAUUGCUUUUCUUUUAAUGUCUUGUCAUGUACACGUUAGUUUUAUUGCUGUCAACAUUAGGAAUAACAACCUUGCCAGCAUCACUGGUAUGAUGUAUAUUUAAUUAAAAUACACAUCCCUCCGUAUACUUUGAAUGACAAUUAAAGCCAUUAUUUUAA